AUGUGGAGUGGACUGUUACCUCCUGGGGUGAAUGAAAGUGAUGUUGAUUUAAGCUCUGAUGAUGAAGAUGAAUCUACUGGUUCCUUCCCAAAGGAAGAUGCAAAAGAUCGUUCCUUCUCAAAGGAAGAUGCAAAAGAAGAUGCUGAAAGAGCUCAGCUUCCUGAAUUCCCCGGGAAUGGGCAGGAAUCUCAUGCCAGCAGUGAACCUAUUGUGAGGCCAGUGACAGAUGGAGAAAUGGAGUCUCAGACCUGCCCUCCUGGAAUUCCUGUGAAUAUUUGGAAUAAAUUUGUGGAGCUGCAGAAGAAACACCAUGACAUGAAAGCGCAAGCAACACAGGAAAACAAAUGCCGGAAAAGAAAGCGACACAGAAAAGCAAAACAGAAAAAGACUGAUGAAGUGACUAAGAGUAGUCAACAGUUGGAAAAUGAAGACAAAUGGAAAGAACUUACACAAUACUUUGGAAUCAAUGAUAGAUUUGAAUCACCUGUGGAUAGCAGAGCUCCACAAAAGUCUGGCCUUGAACUUAGCGUAGAGAAGUCUGUGGCUGAAGGUGACAUUGCUAAGGCUGAGGAGCUGAGUGACAGAUUAGCCAUGCGUGAGCUUGGUGUGAAAAUUGCCAAAGCUGCUGCUUGCCGCAACUUUGUAAAAGCCAAGCAAGAAGCAGAGGCUGCCCAAGAAGCUCAAAAGAAAAAGAAGCUUGCUUGGGGAUUUGAAGCCAAGAAAAGAUGGGAAACAAAAAGCAACAUGGGAUACAUGUAACCCAUCCUGUUUUCCUCAGGAGAUGAAUACCUGUUGUUACUUGAAGAAUCUUCAUGGGCAACUUGUUAAAUUUAAGCACAACCCACCCCAAAACAAAACCCAACACAUCAAAUGCCUUGUAUUUAUCUUAAUGCUGUUAGACUCUACUGUCUUGUUUUGGCUCUCUUUUAAAAUGUAGUAAAAAUGCUGUCUAAGCAUCAAUACUGUGUGAAAUGCAGCAUUUUUUUCUUUAAUAUAAAAACCUAAGCUAAUGCAUUGCAUAAUGCAUUUGGAAUCUGGCAGAGAACUCUCUGAAAUAGGAAUAAAAUUCUUGGUCCAAA